AUGUCCUACGAUCUUGGACAGCAACGUUCAUCACCGCCACCAACCUACAGUGAGACUGUGGCUGGUGGAAUGGAAAAUGAAAUGUAUAUCGAUGGUAUAUUAUAUAUUGAUGGUGUACCGGUCAGUCAAUCUGAAGAACGUCUUCGAUUACGACAACAAAAACAACAACGUUCCAAUCCAUGUGGAAAAGCUAUUGGAUUAGUUCGAAAACUUUGGGCUACACAACAAACUGAAAGAAUUGAUCGUCAAUAUGAAAAGGAUAAAUAUGUUCGUACAACAAUUCGUGAACUUAUUGUCUACUUAAUUUUUCUGGCAAUUUUAUCAAUCGUGGUAUUUGGUAUGGUAAGCAGUAAUAUGUUUUUGUUAACUCAAGCAUUACAAAGUAUUAUCAUUGGUCCUCAAUUGACUGAUAAUACAAACAAUCAAUCUGGUCCAGCAUUUCCAGAUUUUGAUCGUAUGGAAGAUUUUUGGCAGUUUAUGACCGAUAUAGCACCUACUGCAUUCUUUACUGAAAGUUGGUAUAAUAAUAACAAUGUUACUGAGUAUGGUUAUGUUCUAUUUGAAAAUCGGUUAUUAGGUGGGAUACAAAUGCGUCAAAAAAAAGUUCGGAAUAAUUCAUGUUUGGUUGCGGAUGAUUUUAAAAAUGAAAUCUUAUUUUGUUAUAAUUCAUAUGCACCAGUAUAUGAAGAUCAAGUUUCAUUUGGACCAUGUGAAAAUCUUGAUGCUGACAAUUGUACUUAUGAUGCAUUUAAAUAUACACCAAACAAAUCAUGGUUAGGAUUAAGCUCAACUGGACAAGUUAGUGUUUAUGAUCAAGGUGGUUAUACUUUACUAAUGCCAUCAACAAUGGAGGAAUUUAAUGCUGAAAUUCAAAAUUUAUUUGACAACCUUUGGAUUACACGCGGUACUCGAGCAAUUAUAGUUGAUUUUACAGUUUAUAAUGCGAAUUUAAAUUUAUUUUGUCAAGUUCAACUUCUUUUUGAAUUUCCAGCUGUUGGUGGUGUAUUAACAACAUCAACAUUUAAUGCUGUUAAAUUAAUUCGUUAUGUUUCGACAUUUGAUUAUUUUGUCUUGGGUUGUGAAUUAUUUUUUGUUCUAUUCAUUAUCUAUUAUACAAUUGAAGAAAUUAUAGAAAUUCGCAACUAUAAAUUAUCAUAUUUUAAAUCAAUUAUGAAUUGUUUGGAUGUAAUUAUUAUAUGUUUAUCCUACGUUUGUAUUAUAUUUGAUAUUUAUCGACAAGCUCAAGUUGAUUCGUUACUUAAUCAAUUAUUACAAGAUAAUUCAAAGCAAUAUGAUGAUUUUUCAUUUUUAUGUUAUUGGCAAUAUCAAUUUAAUAUUAUAAUCAGUGUAACAAUAUUUUUAGCUUGGAUUAAAGUUUUUAAAUAUAUUAGUUUCAAUAAAACCAUGACACAAUUAAGUGAAACAUUAGCUCAUUGUGCAAAAGAUAUAUCUGGUUUUGCUAUUAUGUUCUUUAUUAUUUUCUUUGCAUAUGCUCAACUUGGUUAUUUAACAUUUGGCGUUCAAGUUGAAGGUUUUGCUAGCUUCGAAUAUUCAGUUUACACAUUAUUCUUAAUUAUUUUGGGUAUUUUUGAUUUUGAAUCACUUCAACAAGCUCAUCGUGUACUUGGUCCAUUAUUCUUUUUAACAUACGUAUUUUUUGUAUUUUUCGUCUUAUUAAAUAUGUUUUUGGCUAUUAUUAAUGAUACAUAUGUUGAAGUUAAAGAAGAAUUACGAAAUAAGAAAAAUGAAUUUGAAAUUAGUGAUUUUGUUCGAAAAGGUUAUGGUAAAAUGCGUGAACGUUUAACAGUGAAACGUGAUCGUAUAGCUGAUAUUCGUCGUGCAUUAGCAUUAGCUGAUCUUAAUCGUGAUAAACGUCUAGAAUUUGAUGAAUGGCGUACAGAAAUGAAAUCACGUGGUUAUGCUGAAGAAGAAAUUGAAGCAUUAUUUUCGAAAUAUGAUUUUAAUGGUGAUAGAGUCUUAGAUGAAAAUGAACAACGUGCAUUAAGUAAUGAUUUAUUACGACAAAAUGAUGCUAUAAUUAGAGAAAUGGAUGAAUUAAAUACGUCAAAGAAAAAUAAUAUGCCAAUAGAUACAGGUGAUGAUGAAGAAGAAGGUGGAGAUCGACAUGGAAGUGCAGGAUCAAAACGUUUACAAGCACAUGAAGUAUCAAUGGAAGAAUAUAAUGAAUUGGCUAAACGACUUGAUACAAUGGAAUCAUCAGUUGGAUUUGUUUUAACUAAAAUUGAUAAUGUUGCUUCAAAACUUGAUGCAUAUGAAAAACCAAAUAAAGCUAAUGGAAAAGCUAAUAAAAAGAAUCGUUCAGCAGAUGGAAAAAAAUCAAAAACUGAUUCAUUAGAAGUUGAUUCUUUUCACAGCACAGCUGAUUAG